AUGGCGCACGCGUUGAGUACUAAUCAAACCGCAGCGCUCACGUCGGAAGCCGUCGGUAGUUUUCCGCACCGCCGAACACCAUCGAUCACCACCCCCUCUCUCUCCUCCUCCUUCCUUCCCGCGUUCUGCUCCAAAUCCUUGGCUCCAGUCACCUUGCGACGGUCACAACAACACCUUUCUCCAGCCAUCCGCUCGUCUCUCACUAAUGGCGCCGCUCGUCGCGCGGGGUCUAUGGACGAGUCCAGCCCGUUCGCGCCCUUCUUCCAGCACGUUUUCCAAUCGGACGUCUCCACCCGUCCGAUGAUGAUCCCCGAUGCGUUCGAAACCGUUCCGAACGUCCAGGACGAGCUUUGGUACACGAUCCGCGAAGAGGCUCGGCAGGAUUCUGAGGCUGAACCUGCGUUGGCUUCGUACCUCUACUCCACGGUGCUAGCGCACCGUUCUCUGGAGCGAUCCAUGGCGUUUCACCUGGCGAAUAAGCUUCAAUCGCCGACUCUUCUUAGCACGCAGCUCUGCUCGCUCUUCACCGACGUGAUGCUUCGAUCGCCGGAAGUUCAGGAGGCGCUGCGCGCCGAUCUGCGAGCCAUCUACACGCGCGACCCCGCGUGCCGGAGCUACUCCCACGCGAUGCUGAAUUUCAAGGGUUACCAGGCUCUGCAGGCGCAUCGGAUCGCGCAUCGGCUGUGGCUGGAGGGCCGUCAGGGAUUGGCCGUGGCGCUUCAAAGCCGCGUGUCGGAGGUGUUCCACGUGGAUAUUCAUCCGGCUGCGAGGAUUGGGAAUGGAGUGUUGUUUGAUCACGCGACGGGGCUGGUGGUUGGCGAAACGGCGACGAUUGGUAACAAUGUUUCGAUUCUGCAUCAUGUGACGCUGGGAGGGACGGGGAAGAGCACGGGCGACAGGCAUCCCAAGGUCGGCGACGGCGUCCUGAUUGGCGCUGGUGCGACGCUGCUUGGACCAAUCAGGAUUGGGGAGGGAGCGAAAGUAGGAGCAGGGUCGGUGGUGCUGCUGGAUGUGCCGCCGCGUGCGACGGUUGUGGGAAUCCCAGGGAGGCUGGUUGGCGGGAAAGAGAAGCCUGCUAUGUCAACGGUCAACCCUACGUCAGAAUCGCUAGGCGACAUGAUUAAGGCCGUGCUGAUUAUCAACAAUCAAGGGAAGGCUCGUUUUGCACGCUUCUACGCGAACAUCAGCGGAGAGAGGCAGCAGCAUAUAAUCCGGCACUCGUUUGAAGCUGUGGCCUCUCGCCCGCCCACGUGGUCAAAUAUCAUUGAGGACUCAAGCUGGUUCGGCAAGGUGAGCGCGGCUGGAAGCAGGUUCGGCAAGGUGAGAGCGGCUGGAAGCAGGUUCGGCAAGAACAUCAAGCUGGUGUACCGCACAUUCGCCACACUCUACUUCAUCUCCCUCAUUGACCGAGCCGAGGGCAAUCUGGCUGCUGAGAGUGCUUCUGCCGCUGCCCUCUCAGUCGUGCUCUCAUCAUCCUCUUCACCCCCCCAUCCAUCUGUAUCGCAGAACAUCAAGCUGGUGUACCGCACGUUCGCCACGCUCUACUUCAUCUUCCUCAUCGACCGAGCCGAGAACGAGCUCGCUGUGCUGGACCUCAUUCACGGUAAGCCUGUGGGACACCCUGGCUCCUCUCAACCACCCAGGCUCCGCUUGGCCACCCGGGCCCCUUGUUUGUAG